CGGUCCUGCAGUCUGCUCAGAUCCUCAUCAUCCUGGUCCUGAUGACGGUAACGCUGCUGGUGAUUGGCUGUCUGUUGAACCACUACAAACUGUCUGCCUGCUCCUUGACAACCAGACAGAGCCGGGCCCGGAGGCAAGCGCAACACCUACAGCAGGUGGUGUAUGUGCCCCAGGCCAGAGAGAGGUUCACAGCCCCCUCCUUUAUGUACCGGGAGCGUUUCAGUCGCUUCCAGCCCACCUACCCCUACCUGACCCACGACAUCCACCUUCCCCCCAGCAUCUCCCUGUCUGACGGAGAGGAGCCCCCGCCCUACCAGGGCCACUGUACCUUACAGCUGAGGGACCCAGAGCAGCAGCUGGAGUUGAACAGAGAGUCGGUCAGGGCCCCCCCCAACAGAACCAUCUUCCACAGUGAUGUGAUAGACAGUGGAGGGAGGGGAGGAGGGCCGAGACCACCCAGCAGCAACUCUGGUAUCAGCGUAGCCAAUAGCAGCAGCCACGGACGCAUGGAACGCCCGCCUCCGGCAUAUUGCGAGGUGAUUGGUCAGCACUACCCUGGCUUUUUUCACCACCCGCACAGCAAUAACCCACUCGGGACCUGGACCGGGGGCGUGACCAGCCAGCAGGGCCAAUCAGAAAGCACAAUACCUGCCAAGGCCAGGAAAGGGGAGGAGCUGAGGUGA